CUGUAAACCCACUCAACACCCACACCAACUCACACUCUCAGAUCACAAAGAUCCAACGGUCAUCAGUCACCGAGAGUUCGAUCUCUGCCGAUCUUGUAAUUAAAGCGAAAAUGGAAGGCAAGGAAGAGGAUGUUAAGCUGGGAGCGAACAAGUUCUCGGAGAGGCAGCCGAUCGGGACGUCGGCUCAGACCCAGGAUGAAGGGAAAGACUACAAAGAGCCACCGCCGGCUCCACUGUUCGAGCCCGGUGAGCUGACGUCAUGGUCGUUCUACAGGGCCGGGAUCGCCGAGUUCAUCGCCACUUUCCUGUUUCUCUACAUCACAAUCUUGACGGUGAUGGGCGUCGUCAAGUCCAAGUCGAAGUGCACGACGGUCGGGAUUCAGGGCAUCGCUUGGGCUUUUGGCGGGACCAUCUUCGCCCUCGUCUACAGCACCGCCGGCAUCUCCGGUGGUCACAUAAACCCGGCGGUGACUUUCGGGCUGUUUUUGGCCAGGAAGCUGUCGCUGACCAGGGCGUUGUUCUACAUAGUUAUGCAGACCCUCGGAGCUAUCGCCGGUGCCGCCGUCGUGAAGGGCUUCGAGAAGAGCUCCACUUUCGAGAUGCUGGGCGGUGGUGCCAACUCUGUUGCCCAUGGUUACACCAAGGGUCAAGGACUUGGUGCUGAGAUCAUCGGCACCUUUGUCCUCGUCUACACCGUUUUCUCCGCCACCGACGCUAAGCGUAGCGCCAGAGACUCCCACGUUCCGAUUUUGGCUCCGUUGCCAAUUGGGUUCGCCGUGUUCUUGGUGCACUUGGCCACCAUCCCCGUCACCGGAACUGGCAUCAACCCAGCCAGGAGUCUCGGCGCUGCCAUCAUCUACAACAAGCGGCAUGCCUGGGAUGACCACUGGAUAUUCUGGGUUGGACCGUUCAUUGGGGCAGCACUUGCAGCUUUGUACCACGUGGUUGUGAUCAGGGCCAUCCCUUUCAAGUCCAAGUGAUUACUGUUAUUUCUCAUCUGUAAUGCUUGUUGUUUUAAGCGUAUUUUGUACGUAAUUAAGGGAUUAAGCUGUUAAAUUUAUUGUGAUAUGAGCAAGCAAAAGGCAUGUGUGUUGAUGGAUAUGUCUCAAGAAUCAAGGGGCCCUCUGUUCCUUCUUUUUUAGGGAGAGGCCCCACCAAUCCCGUCCGUCUGAUGUGAGUGCUCAUUUCCUUUGUAUCCUGUGGCUGUGAAUUUGUGUAUUUUUCAAUUCAGAAAUAACACCAACCUUUAUUUCA